GCCUGAAUUAUAUAAUUCUAUGAGUAACACCACUGGCCAAACCCAGCCAUCUCCUUGAAAUUAAACAGACCUGAACUAAGCGAAUAACAAGCCCGCUCUCUGGGGAGCGAGCUCAUCUUGAGUAGCCAUUGCUCUGUUCGGAACAUCACUCCGGCGCAUGCUUUGCCCGCUGCUGGCUGGCUGCUCUCCAGACCCAAGCCAAGUGUGUAAGCGAACCCGUCCUAAUGAAUUAAUGAAUGGCUCCCGCAAGAGCCACUGAGGCCGGGAGAGAAGAGCGCAGGGAGACGGACGCAAGAGAAGAGCACCAGCAGACAGCUCCCCGGCCAUUGAUCUCCUUCCUAUGACAACCCGGUGCGCAACCAGGCAGAGACACAAAGGAGGAGACGGAGAUGGCGUGGGAUCAGCACGGCCGGCACCCUUUGUGCCAACUCGGGGGGUCUCCGUCGCUGCUUCUGUGUUAUUCCAGAGCUGCCUUGAGUCAACUGGUACCGGCCACCACCGAACCUCCCAAAAAGAAACCGGAUCCGGUCACUUCGGAGACAGUGGUGAUCUGGGGCCUGCGCCUCUGGCAAGUGGUUGGGAUAUUUGCCCUUUUUGUCAUGAGCGUCAUCAUCACGUUGUGCUGCAUCUUCAAGUGCCGCAUCCCCAGGACCAAGAAGGAGAUCGAGGCCCGCUACGCCAAGCGCCAGGCGGCCAAGAAGUAUGCCAACAAACUGGAGUCGGUGCCGCCCCUCAAUGAGCUCACCGAGAUCCCGGGAGGCUCCACUGAAAGCCUUCCUACUCUUUCCGGCCAAGUCGAAUCUCGAACCCAGAACUCCCUGCCAGCAGUGAAGGAGGAAGAGGAAGUACCCCCUCAGGGCCACUAGGGGGCAGGCUUGGCUUACUUUCCUGAUGAUCUCAUUCUUGUUUUCAUCCCACUUCCAUCCUUUUUUUCCUUCUGUCCUUUCUUUGGUUGUGUCUAUACCAGGCCUGGGCAAACUUGGUCCCUCCAGGUGUUUUGGACUCCAACUCCCACCAUUCCUAACAGCCGGUAGGCUGUUAGGAAUGGUGGGAGUUGGAGUCCAAAACACCUGGAGGGACCAAGUUUGCCCAUGCCUGGUCUACACUGACCAAUGCAUGCGGUUUGAUGCAGCUUGAACUGCCAUGGCUCAAUGCAAUGGAAUCCUGGAAUUUGGAGCUUGCAGAAGGCCAGAGACAUUGUCGAACUACAUCUCCCAGGACCCUAUAGCAUCAUUAUUAUUACAUUGAAAAAUUUCCCAUUCCCGGUUUGAAAGUCUUAUUUGCUGUUAGUUGGGUUUUUAUGUGAGUAGAUCAAUAGGUACCACUCCGGCGGGAAGGUAAAGGUGCUCCAUGCAUUCAUGCCGACCACAUGACCUUGGAGGUGUCUAUGGACAACGCCGGCUCUUCGGCUUAGAAAUGGAGAUGAGCACCAACCCCCAGAGUCGGUCACAACUGGAAACCUUUAUCUUUACUUUACCUAUGAUUUUUUAACUGAUUAUGUAUUGUGGGCUGAUUUAUUUGAAUAACUUAUAUAUGUUGUAAGUUGAUUUGAAUCCAAAUUUGAAAAGCGAGAUAGAAAUGAAUAAAUAAUAAUAAUAAUAAUAAUAAUAAUAAUAAUAAUAAAUGAGAUAUUCAGAAGUGCCUGGUGGUGCAGCAGGUUAAACUGCUGAGCUGCUGAACUUGCCAACCAAAAGGUUGGCGGGUUGAAUCUGAGGAGCAGGGUGAGCUCCCACGGUUAGCCCCAGCUUCUGCCAACCUAGCAGUUCCAAAACAUGCAAAUAUGAGUAGGUCAAUAUGUACUGCUCCGGUGGGAAGGUAAUGGUGCUCCAUGCAGUUAUGCUGGUCUCAUGACCUUGGAGGAGUCUAUGGACAAUGCUGGCUCUUCAGCUUAGAAAUGGAGACGAGCACCAACCUCACAAUUAGACUUAAUGUCAGGGAAAAACCUUUACCUUUACAUUUUUCCCAUGAUGGAUAGAACUAAUUCGGAGAUGACAUUUAUAACCCAGGAACAAAAAUCAUGUUACAUAGUGUUGUUGUUGUUAUUAUUAUUGCUGUUAUUGUUAUGCUUAUUUAUACCCCAAUUCAAAACCUAAAAAAUAUGCAAACCUUAAAAUAGAAUUAAGUAUUAAGGGUAUUCAAAACAAGCAGUUAAAAUCCUUGAAAACAGCUAAAAAAAUACAUAUCCAUAGCUGGAACCACAUAGUAUUGAGCCAUGGAAGUUCAAGUAGUGUCACAUCGCAUUCAUUUGACAAGUGUACAUUUAUGCCCUUUGUCUCAUCCAGGUGUUUUCUUUUUCAUGCUUUCCAAUAUAUUUGUCAUUAUUGCGUGGGGUUAUUAAUGGGGUUUUUGUGCCACAAUUCAUUUGCUGUUGCCCUGGUGCCAUAACCUCACAGAACAAAACCAAGUGAAAUAAAUGAAUUGAAUCUGCGAACAAUAAAUCUGCAAAUAUGAAAGCCAGGAAUGUGGAAUGCCAACAUCCAAGGCUCUUUAAAAACCUUGAGAAAUGUGUAUUCAACUUGCCAAAUAUUCAGAUGAGGAGAAUUCUGGGACUUGUUUUUUGUGACAACAGAUUGCUAAUAUUGUAAUAUUGUAAGAAAUGUUAAGGUUUAUUUUAAUAAUGUCACCGCUUGUCCAAGGUCAAGCAAAGAUCAUAGUUUUAGGUGAUUUUAACUAUACUUUUUAAUGUGUUGUUGAAGGCUUUCAUAGCCAUUAUCACUGGCUUGCUGUGAGAUUUCCAAGCUGUAUGGCCAUGCUCCAGAAGCAUUCUCUCCUGACAUUUUGCCCACAGCUAUGGCAGGCAUACUCAGAGGUUGUGAGGUCUGUUGGAAACUAGGAAAGUGGGGUUUAUAUAUCUGUGGAAUAAUGGGAAGCUGAUGAAGAAACACAACCUACAAACUAUCUACAGACCACUCUCAACAACCACCAUGUCAGACGACAGAGAGAAGUCAUUUAAAUCCACAUGCAUGUGGACAAUUUCAGCAGAAAGGAGGAAACCAUGAAAAUGAACAAAAUCUGGCUGCUAGUAUUUAAAAAAAAACUCUAAAAUCAGGACAGUAAAUAAAGAGCAACACUCAGAAAACAGGGAAAUUCCAGACAAGAAACAAUCAGGGCCAGCUAACACUUCCCAACAAAGGAUUCCCCCAGGCAGGAAGCAGCCAGGCUUUGAAGCUGCAAGGCCAUUCAAUGCUAAUCAAGUUGGCCAAUUGCAACAUUCACACUUGCCUCAAGCAGACAAGAGUUCUUUCUCCCACCCUGGACAUUCUUCCACAGAUAUAUAUAUGAUCAGCAUUAAAUAGACCUGCAGCUUCAAAGCCUGGCUGCUUUCUGCCUGUAGGGAUCCGUUCUUGGGAGGUGUCAGCUGGCCCUGAUUGUUUAAUGUCUGGAAUUCCCAUAUUUUCAGAAGGUUUCCCACCUUCCACAGAUAUAUAACACUACUUGCCUAGUUUCCAACAGAUCUCACAACCUCCGAGGAUGCCUGCCCUAGCUGUGGGUGAAAUGUCAGGAGAGAAUGCUUCUGGGACAUGGCCAGACAGCCCGGUAAACUCACUGCAAUCCUAUACAUUUUAAUGUUUAUAUGUUGUAGGUUUUCAAACUGUAAUUUGUACUAUUUUUGUGUUGUUGAUCCACUUUGAGCCACAUUAAGGGAAGAAAGAAGGAUGUAGUAGUAGUAGUAGUAGUAGUAGUAGUAGUAGCAACAAUUCUGGACAUUUCCAUCAUUUAGCUCAGCCGCCUAAAUUUCUGUGUCCAUCAAAUGUGUUGAAUUAUAACUCCUAUCAUCCACUAGCAGGCACAGAGGGCUGGGGAUGAUGAGAUUUCUAGUCUAACCCAAGACAAGGUCACCAGGUCCAAUAAAGCUGAGCCAAUGGGUUGAAUUCUGCAUGAAUACGGUGCAUAAUAUGAUUAUAUUAUGUUUGAUAUAGAUGUUGCUACAAGUGAAUUAAAACAUAAAACAUUGAAACAAAGUCUUUAGUGAGUUAAUUGGGUCCAUAUCAACGGCCUUCCCUAUUUUCCAACUCAUUCGAUUUCGGACUCAAGAGACAUGAGUCUUGACUAUUGUUGGUGAAAUUAUGAAUAGGAAACCAUAUUGAAUAGAAGUCACUUUAGGAGAAGAACCGACUUCACAUUUCUGCGCUGCAUUUCUUCUGGCAAUAAAAGGGAAAUGGUUGGGUUCUUCCAUCUUGCAGUGCCUUCAGAAAGCCUUGAAAGAGAACCUACUGGGCUUGGGGAAGGUUCCUCUUUUUGGAUUUUCUUAAUAUUAAUUGGCUGGGGAUUCUGGAAGUGACAGACCAAAUAGGCCCCUUUCUCUCAUACUCUGGAAGUUCUAGCCUGUAGCAUUUGGGGAAAAGGGAUCAAGAUUAGAUCUUGUAUGAUCCUAUGUUCCUCCAAGUUCCCUGCAUGAAUUUCAUACGGUUUUCUUAGGCACAGAAAACUCAUUGUUGGUUUUCCCAGUUCCUUCCUCUGAAACUCAGCCUCCAGCACCUGGGAUUCAUUGGUGGUCUCCCAUCCAAAUACUCACCAGGGCUGACCCUGCUUAGCUUCCAAGACCAGACAUAAUCUGGUGCCGUCAGGGUAUGGAGGCAAAGUCAGCCCUCUCCAAAAGGAGACUGGAAAUACUUAGCAUUUGCCAAGAGACACAUAGAAUCAUAGAAUUAUAAAGUUGGAAGAGACCACAAGAAGGCAUCUGUUAGAUAGAAAUGCCUGAGCAUUUAAUCUAUGUGUGAAAUACAGUUCUGAUGGACAUGUGACAAACACCUGGGGAAUGACUGAGAGGGUGUGAUGAAAUACCUGAAGGGAUUGCAGAAAUGUAUGAGUUGUAAUCAUGGGAGAUAUAUGACUAGAGCUUAUAUAUAUGACUGUUGAUGCAUUUAUUGUAUUUUUAAUGGUGCUAUGUUAUGUUGUUUUAUAUUUUGUUAUAUUGUAUUGCUCUGGGCAUGGCCCCAUGUUAGCCGCCCCGAGUCCCCGUUGGGGAGAUGGUGGCGGGGUAUAAAUAAAGUUUUAUUAUUAUUAUUA